AUGGUGGAGUUACACCAUAAGCGAUUCAUGAGGCUGAAUCGCAACAUUGACCUAUUGCAUCAGAAAUUUAUACUAGAUUGUGCAAGUGCAAACAUAGGCCCUACACUGACUUUUAAGUUGCUGAAUGAGGUUCUUGGUGGGCUGGAUUAUGUUGGUUGCACAGUUGUAGAAGUUAGAAACUAUAGGCGCGACUUGAGAGCAUAUACUAGUGGGGCAGAUGCACAAAUGGUACUUAAUGAGAUGAGCUGGAAGAAAGAGAAUUGUCCAGCAUUCACCUAUGAUUUUGAGGUGAACUCUCAGGAUAUGCUCACUCGUCUUUUUUGGUGUGACCCCAUUGCUAAGAAGAAUUUCCAUCUCUACGGUGAUAUAGUAUCGUUUGACACAACAUAUUCAACUAAUAGGUACUGCAUGAUAUUUGCACCGUUCACAGGAAAAGACAACCAUGGGAGACCUGUAGCAUUUGGUGCAGGCUUAUUAUCUAAAGAAAAUGCUGAUUCCUUCGCAUGGUUGUUUGAACGUUUUGUCAAAUGUAUGGGUUCUGCACCAAAAUUGAUCAUUACUGAUCAGGAUUUGGGAAUGAAGGUUGCUGUGGAAAGAGUCCUUGUUGAUACAAGACAUCGAUGGUGCAUGUGGCACAUCAUGUUUAAGGCUGUGGAAAAGUUAUCAAAGAAUCUACUUGGCAAUGAAGAUUUGAAAAAAGAGUUAAACAAUUGUGUGUGGUCUGAGCUGAUAGAGCCUGAAGAAUUUGAUGAAGAAUGGAAUAAAGUAAUGGAAAAAUAUGGGCUUAAGGACAAUGAGUGGUUUUCCUCGAUGUUUGCCUCUCGAAAAUUUUGGGUGCCUGCAUUCUUUAGGGAUUUUCCAAUGAGUUCAUUAAUAAAGACCACAUCAAUAUCUGAAUCUCAGAACAUAUUCUUCAAGAGGUACUCCAAGUCUCGUUCUAAUCUUGUUGAAUUUCUUAUGAAUUACAACAAUGCAUUGGAUGGCCAAAGGAGCAACAACAAUAGGCUAGAAUACUUGGAUUUUAACACAAUUCCAACUUUGAAAACAAAUUCAGCCCUCGAGAAGCAUGCUUCAACAAUAUAUAGUGAUAGUGGUUUCAAACUAAUUCAAAGUGAGAUAGAGGAAGCAGUUGACAAUGUCACUAUGGUGACAGUGUCAAACAUUGGUGAGAAUGAGAUUUAUGUAGUCAACGACAAGUUCUCGAAGAACUGGACUGUGUCAUACUCCACAUCUUUUGAUUCAUAUGCAUGUAGUUGUAAGAUGUUUGGGAGGAUUGGGCUUGUAUGCAGUCACAUUUUUUGGGUCUUGAGAAACAAAAAAAUAAAAUUAAUCCCUAAUGAGUUACAUGGAGGACGAUGGUUGAAGUCUAAAUUUGUCAAGGUUGUUCAUUGUGGGUUUGAUGAUGAUAUUGAAACAUUUAUUGUUGCGGAUGAGACGAAGGAGGAGUAUAGGGAUAUGCAUGGAGAUUUUUAUGAUAUUGCACGACUUAUUGAAGGAGAUAGUGAUAAAAUUCGAGCAUUUAGACAAAUUAUGGCUGAAGGGAGAAAAGAAGUACUUGGUGAGGGAAAUGUGUUGUCAAUUAGUGAAAAGAGAUUAAUGAUUGAGAAUUUUUAUGGAUCACAUGUCCCUAGUCAAAUAGAUGUUCAUCCGCCAGAUGUCGUCAAAACCAAAGGUUGUGGUCGACGUCUUUCUCGGCUUGAGAAGGAAAUGAGAGAGAUGUCCAAGCCUGGUCGGAAAUGUGGAAAAUGCGGCGAGGUUGGUCGGCAUGAUUCAAGAAAUUGUGAUAAGAUACAUGAGGAGAAUAACAAGAAAAAGAGGAGAAACCAAUGUUAA